GGAGCGCAGCGGGCAAAGAAGGGUCGCCACACGAAGGCGUCCCUCAUGAUCGGGUCCCUGAACAUAUGCGGACGAGGUAACCUAUUUGGAACCCGAAAUAACAAGUGGAAUGAGAUCAAUCAGCUCCUGAGAGAGAAGAAAAUCGGUAUCCUGGCACUACAGGAAACGCACUUGGAUGAUGACUUGACGUCCGAAGUUCAUAGACUAUACGGCAGACGUGUUCGUGUCUUCAACAGCGAGUCUGCGAACUCCACAGGAGCGCAAGGUGUAGCUUUCGCACUUAACCGCGAAAUAGUAGAUACCUGUGGGAUAGAAACCGAAGAUAUCGUACCAGGCCGAGCCUUGCUUCUUCGCAUGAGAUGGCACGCGGACCGCUCCCUCACGGUCCUGAACGUUUACGCUCCGAACGGCCAUACGGAGAACGCAGCCUUCUGGACAACGCUCCGAGACCACUUCCUCCGGGCGAAUACGAAGAAGCCAGACAUUGUCUUGGGCGACUUCAAUCUUGUCGAAGAAGCAAUUGACCGGCUCCCAGCGAGGGAAGACCCGAGUGCCGCGGUGAAGUGUCUGAAGGAAUUCAUAGACACAGUGAGAGUGUCCGAUGGCUGGCGCCUGUGUGAGCCAACAAAGAAAGACUAUUCUUUCCCACAACGUGGGGGGUCCUCUUCCUCCCGUCUCGACCGUAUAUACGCCAGCAGGGACAUAUUGUCCCGCGCGUUAACAUGGGAGAUCCGUACCACUGGCGUCCCGACUGACCACUGCCUUGUGACGGCGACCAUCACGGCGGCAGCCGCCCCCUACAUCGGGAAAGGACGAUGGGCUAUGCCCGCCACGCUACUCUCAGACUCGACUUUUGUGGAAACCGCUGUCCGCCUGGGCGAAGAGAAGUGGGAAAAGGCCAAAGGAGCUGUCGGUGACAAUAGAACCGACGAUGCGAAUCCGCAGACCCUGUUCAAGGAAUUUAAAGACGAAGUGAGAGCCGCCGCAAGGAGGAGGAUGCGAGAGAAGGUCCCCAAGCUGGAAGCAGCCAUCCGCAAGACCCGCGAUCACAUACAAACCAUAAGCUCGUCCACCUCCUUCAGUAAUGACAGUGAGCAGCAAAGAGAAGUCGGGAUUCUGCGCGACAGACUGCAUGGCCUAGAACGGAAACGCCACGGCCAGGUACAGGCCUCAACAACCGCGAGGUACAUCCUCAACGCUGAAUGCCCGAGUAAGUACUGGUCUGCGGUAAAC